CUGAGCAAGUUCUUCCAGUGUGCGCGUGCGACCUCGAGCUCAUGUGAAGUCUCUACUCCGGGAAGAAUAUGCCGGCACUGCACAAUGGGCUCCAGCACAGAACCCGGCCGGUACGUGCCUGCCGCCAGCGCGGGCGCCCAGGUUUACCCACAAUCCUCUCCGUGGCCCCUGCCACAGAGCGUGGAUGACCCCAACACUUCUUUCUUCCCCGGCGCCUGGAACCUGAGCACUGCUUACAGCCUCAACGGCAGUGGGGCGGAGCCAAGGGGCGGCGGGGACGACGUCCUGGGCGGGCACUCGCUCUGGCAGGUGGUCCUCAUUGUGUUGUUCACAGGACUGCUGUCCCUCAUUACUAUCAUAGGCAACGUCCUCGUCAUGGUGUCCUUCAAAGUCAACCGACAACUCAAGACCGUUAACAACUACUUUCUGCUGAGCCUGGCCUUCGCUGACCUCAUCAUCGGCGUCAUCUCCAUGAACCUGUACACCGCGUACAUCGUGAUGGGCCAGUGGUCCAUGGGCAGCUGGGCAUGCGACCUCUGGCUGGCUGUCGACUACGUGGCCAGUAACGCGUCCGUCAUGAACCUGCUGGUGAUCAGCUUCGACCGCUACUUCUCCGUGACGAGGCCGCUGACGUACCGCGCCAAGCGCACCACCAAGCGUGCCGGCCUCAUGAUCGGCCUAGCCUGGCUUGUGUCGCUGGUGCUCUGGGCGCCGGCUAUCCUCUUCUGGCAGUAUUUCGUGGGAGAGAGAACGGUCCCGGCGGACAAGUGCUACAUCCAGUUCCUGUCUGAGCCCGUUAUCACCUUCUGCACAGCCAUGGCCGCAUUCUACCUCCCCGUGACCAUCAUGAGCGUCCUCUACUGGCGCAUUUACAAGGAGACGGAGAACCGAUCGCGAGAGCUGGCCGGCCUGCAGGGCUCAGGAGGGAGGCUGGGAGCCACCGAGUGCCCUCGCUUCCACCUUCAGGCCACAAGGGGGAGCUCCAGGAGCUGCAGCAGCUUCGAGCUGGGUCGCUCGGCCCAGAGACGGAGCUCCGCACUGGGGCUGGCCGGGCACUUCCGCUGCUGGAGGCGGGGGUGUGGUGGUGCGCCCCGCGGAGGCGUGGAGGCAGAUCGCAGCAGCUGCGACAGCUGGAACAACAACGAUGUGGGGCUCUCGGCGGACCACUCCGGCUCGUCGGACGAGGAGGAUGUGGGUCCGUCCACUGCCCACGCUAUCUUCUCCAUCGUCCUGAACCUCCCCGGCAUGCGAGCGGCCGUGACCUCCCAGGUGACGUCCAGCGAGGACCUGGACACCGCGACGGAGGAAGACCCGCUCCGUGGCCUUGGAGAUGCCAGCUGUGGCGAGAGCGUUGGCCUCUCGCACUCGGUCACCAACGGCGACAGGCGCUUCUCCACCAACAUCGCCAAAGUGCGUUCCGUGCCCGCCAUUCAGGCUCCGAAACCUGGACCCGGCGCCUCUGCACCCCCCGGUGCGGCCCAGUCGCCAUCUGCCCCAAUAUCAUUCAAAGAGGCGGCCAUGGCGAAGCGCUUCGCGACCCGGGCCAGGACGCAGAUCACCAAACGCAAGCGCCUGUCGCUGGUGAAGGAGAAGAAGGCAGCGCAGACGCUCCUGGCCAUCCUCUUCGCCUUCAUCAUCACUUGGACGCCCUACAACAUCAUGGUGCUGGUCAACACCUUCUGCGACAGCUGCAUCCCCGAGUCACUGUGGGCGCUGGGCUACUGGCUCUGCUACGUCAACAGCACCGUCAACCCCAUGUGCUACGCCCUGUGCAACAAGACCUUCCGCACCACCUUCCGGAUGAUCCUGCUCUGCCGCUGGGAGGAGACCAGGAGCAAACAGCGCUUCCUGCACGGACCGUCCGUCCGCUUCAACCGGAGUAUCGCGGGCGAUUCCACGUAGCCUGCGGGAUAAGCCCACGACGGCGCCAUGUCUGCGCGCUCAGCCCGUAAGGUGGAAUCUUCCCGAGGUCGAGAUGCUGUAAGGGUCGGUCGUGGGCAGGAGUUUGGGGUGUGGGAUUGUUGCUUGGACUCUGUGCUGGACUUCAGCGGGACACCAGGAAGAUAAGGCUUACAUGCGUGUGACAUUAGGUCAGACAACAGAGGGUACGUUAAACUACCUCUCGGUUUGUCAAAGACUGAGCUUGACGUGAAGACGUUUUAUCAGUCUCAAGACAUUUCUCAAAAAGUGUUUUAUCUCCAAACCCCAUUCAUGGAAUUAAAUGUUGUUUCAGGGUCAAAAACCAAACUCAUUCUCGAAAAAGAAAAGAAACUAAGAUUAAAAAAGGAGAUUCAAAUACAGAGUAGGGAGUAGGGGUGAUGGGGAGACUGUCAUGCAUGUCUGUAAGAUGUCCGUAUAUUAAUGUUGCUGUGUGACAUGUAAACUGCAGUUGAACGGGUUCUGAUUUUUUUCCUGUUAACUCGAGCGGCGUUUGACGUGUGGGUCUCUCAGACCGCCGCUGUGCCAGACUUGUUUACAUGAUGUCGUGACAAGAUCUGCACGGAUACACUAGCUGUCUAUAUCAACGAUUCCGUUGUUUGUACCCUAUCGGAGUGUUUGUGUUUUGAACACUCACCA